AUGUCGAACUCUGAUGGAUCACGACUGUCGACUACCCACACGUCUACCGCACCUCUGAGGGGGAAUAACUCGACACGACCACGUUACAGUACCUUGGCGCGUUAUCGUGAAUACCUACGCGAACCUUUUGCAGAAUUUCUCGGUGUCGCGGUUUUAGUGCUCUUCGGUGCAGGCGUUAAUUGUCAAGUGCUCUUAUCCUCCUCGACCGGCGUUUCGUCGUCUCCUAAGGGUGACUACCUUGCUGUGAGCUUUGGUUGGGCUGUCGGGCUUUCACUUGGUGUGUGGGUCUCGAGUGGCAUCUCGCCGGCUCACAUCAAUCCUGCUGUGACUCUGGCAAUGGCGACCUGGCGUAAAUUUCCGUGGAAGAAAGUGCCCGUCUUCAUCUUUGCCCAAGUUUUUGGCGGAUUUAUCGGUGCUGCGCUCGUAUACGCCAACUACUUCCAUGCGAUCGAUGUCUUCGAAGGAGCGCCUGGCGUUCGGAGCAUGAAAACUGCUGGCGUGUUUGGGGCUUAUGCAAUCGACUAUCUUACGAAUGUCUCUGCGUUCUUCUCUGAAGUGCUGGGGACCGCAAUCUUGCUGCUCGUCAUCGUUGCAACCACGGACUCUGGAAAGAGGAAUGCGGCCCCGGCACCAGGAUACUUCCCUAUUGUCAUUUUUCUGGUUAUUCUUGGUAUCUCUAGCUCACUGGGAAUGCAAACUGGUUUUGCACUCAACCCCGCUCGCGACUUUGGGCCGCGGUUGCUCUCUUCUGCGGUGGGCUACCCGGGCGCUGUCUGGAGUUUCCGACACCAGUACUGGCUCUGGACCGGUGUCAUUGCACCAGUGAUUGGCGCUCAACUAGCGGUUGGGCUCUAUGAUAUGUUUGUGUAUACGGGGGAAGACAGCUUGGUUGCUGGAUGGUGGGGAGUUCCUGGAAAGCAAGUUGACGAGGAGGUCGUUUGA